AUGGCCAAACCCCGUUGGCGAGAUGACCUACGAGCGGUUCUUGGUGAAAGAUGGGCGACAGUUGCGCGAACCAACAAACAUCUCUUCAAAUAUUCCAUGAUUCAGCAGAUACAAGAUUACUCUGAGGACUGAAUAAAUGUUAAAAAUGUUAAUGGGAAAAAUGGCCGACGCCGGUCAUUUUUUUUAUUUUUUAUUGAGGUUUUUCUAAGGGGAGGGGCAAUAGGCUGACAGGCCGGCCCUUGCACAAGCCUGCGUCAGGCUAGUUGGCCCGAUAUAACCUGCCCCAGGGCUUUGAGCUUAUUCUUAAGCAUAAGCAUGCGCGUGCUUGGGACAGUCCUUUUAUUAAAAUUUUUUAACCAAUUCUAUCAUCUAUUAUUGUGAAAAAAGUGAAACGGUUUAUCAGGUCACUGCAACCAUCUUUCAAGGCGGUAAUUCGAUGAUUCGAUGAGGUCAGACGUUUGUCUCCCGAAUCUUUUUCUGUUUUUCACCGUUGGUCAAUGCAACGCAAGUCACGUAUUUCCAGAAUUCUCAUGUUUUCACAGCCCUUUUAUAGGCCAUUAACUACCGUCUUUUAUACUUUUCAGAUUUUUUUUUCCGAAACGUAAGGCUCCAGGAGGUUCUUUUGAUUCAUUUGUUUUUUGAAAAUUGUAAUUGCAGUAAUGACAAGAAUAGCGAUUGUUCAAGCUGGGUCAGCCCUCUACGACACUUCAUCCAGUCUGGAAAAGUUAGAGAAACUGACACGAGAAGCCGCGGCCAACGGCGCAAAGUUAGUCCUCUUCCCAGGCAUGUAUGGAGCAGAAAAUAAAUUAAUAAAUUUACUCCAGAAGCAUUUUUGGGCGGCUACCCAAAACUCAAUGACUUUGGGAUCGUUCUAGGCACGCGAUCUGCUGAGGGCCGUGAAGAAUUUCGCAGGUUGACUCUUUACUUACAUUUACAAUUAAAAAUUUUUUUAAAUCUAAACUUAGCUAAAAAGUGUCAAAUUUUUUUCGGAAUAUCCUUUCUUUCACGUUUUUUUCUCUGAGUCCGAACGGGCUCAAAAAGACCUUAAAAUGAAGAGUCGCUAAUUUUUUUGAGCUCCUAAAAAGCGUCUCAAAAAUUUAUCAGAAUUACUUUUUUUUUCCUUUUCGCCCCCUACUUUUUUUCUCCUUUUUUUAAAACCUCCUUUUCAGUGAAAAGUAAAAAAAAAGGCACAUUCGAAGCCUUUCUAGAACCUUUUUUUUCCAAAAUCACUUUUUAAGAUCUGUUGGACCUCUCCCGUAUCCAAAUGGCCAAAAAAAAAGAACUCCUUUUUGAAUUCCUUAAAAUGUGUUAAAAGUUUUUUGGAAUCUGCUUCUAUUCACCUUCUCCUGCCUCUUUCUCUUUUUUUCUUAUCAAAAUCCUUUUCAGAAAAAGGUCAUAAAAAAAGGCGCCCGUGGGGCCUUUUUCUGGAAAGGACCUUUUAAGGAGAAAAAAAAAAUAAGAAGGCGGAAAAGAUGAAAAAGAAUAGACUAACCAGAUACUUCAAUUCCGCAAUCGAAGAGGGCGGAAGCGAAUGUGUUCAGCUUGAGAAUCUCUCGCGAGAACUUCAAAUUUGUCUCGUGGUUGGAGUCGUGGAACGUGCCAAGUCUACUCUCUACUGUUCCGUGAGUGCUUCGAAAUGAACUAAAAUGUUUCCGACUUUUGGAAAAUUCCACCGGAAACUCUACAAUAUUGCUUAAAUUGAUAUUUCGAAAAGAAUUUCGCAUGUUAUAAAGUUCGGACUGUUUUGAAUGUUUAUCAGCUCUGUUCAUUUAUCAGUUUUUUAUUUGUUCAAUCAGCAAUCGGAAAUUUUGGAAAACAAAAAUUUUUUUCAAACUUCUAAGAUCGCAACUGAAUCAGUUACAGGUUUUCUUUUUCUCGCACGAGCAAGGAUUUCUCGGGAAACAUAGGAAACUGAUGCCGACGGCCCUCGAGAGAUGUAUCUGGGGCCAAGGCGACGGCUCGACGAUGUCCGUCUUCAACACAGACGUUGGCAGGAUCGGCGCCGCCAUUUGCUGGGAAAACUACAUGCCUCUCUAUCGUACUCAUCUGUACAGUAAAGGUUCGUCAGAGUUUCAGCUUUCUGAAGUUUUCUCCUUUUCAGAAGUGCAAAUUUACUUGGCGCCGACUGUCGACGACCGUGACGUUUGGUUGUCGACGAUGCGCACCAUAGCCUUAGAAGGAAGGUUCGUUUUUUUUCUUCUCUAAUUUCGUCUCAUAUCACAUUUUAGCAAAGAUAACAGCUAAUCAUACAUUAUUAUUAUUAUCUAUAACUAAAUCGGCAGCAAUUUUAUGAACUUAAAAAAAUAUUUAAAAAGUGGCCCGAAUAUACUUAUAGUCCGCCUUAUAAAAAAAAACCUCAAACCUAGAUUUUUUUUUCAAUAUUGCGAGGUUUUCGAUAAAAUUUAGACAAAAGAUUUAGUUUAUCUAUUCGAAGCUUCUCCAGGGAUUUCUUAAAGAUUUUCAAAGUUGAGGCCGAAAAAAAGCAGCUCCAUAACCGUUAAGAUGCUACGUACUCUCUGCUUGUCAAUUCUUGAGGUCGGCAGCCUAUCCUGAAGAUCAUCCCUUAAGGAAAAAGUUCGGAGAUGAUGAGGUUCAUUUGCUUUUUUUUGAAGCUUUAUCGUCCAUUGCGCAGAUUUUAAUUCGUGGCGGAUCUUGUGCUGUCGAUCCGAUGGGUCGGAUCCUGGUAGAACCAGAGUUUGGCGUCGAAACAAUCAGGUUGAAUUAUAUUGUUUCGAAUGGUUUAUUAUGUCGAUUUCCGGUAUAUUCAAAAGAUUAUGAAAUUUCAUGAUUGCAUUUGAGCGUGGCAAACGUCGAAACUGCAUGAGCCGUGCGUUUUUUGACUUAAAAAGUUCUAACCAUCUACUAUUUAGAAAAAAGUUUUCGAAGCUUGUAGUAUUUUUUCUCAAGUUCAUGAUUAAGACUUUUGCAGAUACGCAGAAAUCGACCUGGAUGAAAUUCCCCGUGGGAAGUUUGAUCUCGACGUCGUCGGUCACUAUACGCGACCCGACAUUUUUCAGCUGAGUGUGAAUGAAUCUCCACAGCUUAGUGUCUGUACAAAAAAUGACAGAAAGAGUACUGACUUUAUACAAGAUUAA